UGUGCAGUUUUCAGUCACACACGAAACAAACAAAAACACACAUCUUAUUGUUUAGUUAACAUAGCUAUCUGAUAUGACAUAUACAUUCGGUGGGGGAAAUAUAUUUACUCAAGAAAAUAGAUGUGUCUAUAGCUAGACAAUAAAUUCACAUUUCUGGAUAUUUCCACAUUCUCUUAUGACUGGUCAGUUGGAGCUAACAAAACUAGCUCGCUAGCAAGCUAAGUUAGUUACCAGUGAGAAGUUGUUAGAAGGCUGUACUCCGGACGUCUGAGAAAAACAACAACUGUCAGCUACAGUAAGGUUACCAGUUGUUUCCUAGGGCAAGGCAAGCUACAGCGACUAUCUGUAUCACCUAUUCGAGCUAAGACUGGGGUCGCAACAAUGGCAGGUGAUCUGCGUGGUGUAGCAGGGCAGGCCAAGCCCCUGAAUCCUCAGCGCUCCCUCCCUGGGACACCCAUCAGUCACACACUCAAACACUUCCCCAUCAACCUGCGUACAUCCAUGGACGGAAAGUACAAGGAGAUCGCUGAGGAGCUGUUCACUCGUAGCCUGACGGAGAGUGAGAUGCGCACCGCUCCUUAUGAGUUCCCUGAGGACAGCCCCAUCGAGCAGCUGGAGGAGAGACGCCAACGCCUGGAGAGGCAGAUCAGCCAGGACAUCAAGCUUGAGCCAGAGAUCCUGCUCCGCAUCAAACAGGAGUUCAUGAAAAUUGACAGCGCUGCCGACCUAGAGUUUAUGAAUGAGCUGGGUGGUGUGGACAGGACGGAUGAUGGCUGGAUGAAGGAGAGAGUAUUACCGAUGGAGCGAGAGUACCAGCGUGUCUCAAUAUCAGGGGAGGAGAAGUGUGGGGUGCCCUUCACAGACCUGGUAGAUGCAGCUAAAUGUGUGGUAAAGGCCCUGUUCAUCAGGGAGAAGUACAUUGCUCUGUCCAUUCAGAACUUCUGUAAGACCACUGCCCGUGAGCUGGGAGAGCUGGGAGAGAAGCCCCUGGACCUACGCAUCUAUGAGGAGAUCCCUGAGACCCCCGUUGAUGCAGAUGCUCCAGUCCACCCCCCUGUCUCAGAGACUCACCCCUAUGAAAACCAGGACACCAAGAACAUGCCUGCAGACACAGGGUACAGCUGUAAGAUGGUGGAUGGGGUCAUGCAUGUCUACACCAAGAAGAGCCCCAUGGAGAAGAGUACAGAGUUGGACCUGCCUUACCCAGACCUGAAGGAGUACAUUGCUGACAUGAAUGUCAUGAUGGCUCUCAUCAUUAACGGACCAGUAAAGUCGUUCUGCUACCGCCGGCUGCAAUACCUGAGCUCUAAGUUCCAGAUGCACAUCCUGCUGAACGAGAUGAAGGAGCUGGCAGCCCAGAAGAAGGUUCCUCACCGCGACUUCUACAACAUCCGCAAGGUGGACACCCACAUCCAUGCCUCAUCUUGUAUGAACCAGAAGCACCUGCUGCGCUUUAUCAAGCGAGCCAUGAAGAAGUACCCUGGGGAGAUAGUCCACAUGGAGCACGGGCGGGGACAGACCCUCAUGGAGGUGUUUGAGAGCAUGAACCUGACUGCCUUUGACCUGAGUGUGGACACACUGGACAUGCACGCGGACCGCAACACGUUCCAUCGCUUCGACAAGUUCAAUGCCAAAUACAACCCCAUCGGAGAAUCCAUCCUGAGAGAGAUCUUCAUCAAGACAGACAACCACAUCGAGGGCAAAUACUUUGGCCACAUGAUCAAGGAGGUGAUGGCUGACCUAGAGGAGAGUAAGUACCAGAAUGUGGAGCUGCGUCUGUCCAUCUACGGCCGCUCCCGGGACGAAUGGGACAAGCUGGCCCAGUGGGCCGUCAAACACCAAGUCUACUCUGACAAUGUGCGCUGGCUCAUCCAAGUGCCCCGCCUUUUUGAUGUGUACCGCACCAAGAAGCAGCUGGCUAACUUCCAGGAGAUGAUGGAGAACAUCUUCAUGCCUCUGUUUGAGGUCACCAUUAACCCCCGCAGCCACCCUGAGCUGCACCUCUUCCUCCAGCAUGUGGUGGGCUUUGACAGUGUGGAUGACGAGUCCAAGCCGGAGCACCACAUCUUCAACAUGGACAGCCCCCUGCCAGCCGACUGGACAGAGGAGGACAACCCUCCCUACUCCUACUACCUCUACUACACCUACGCCAACAUGGCCGUGCUCAACCACCUGCGCAGGAGGCGUGGCUUCCACACGUUUGUGCUGCGCCCUCACUGCGGGGAGGCGGGGCCUGUCCACCACCUGGUGUCGGGUUUCAUGCUUUCAGAGAACAUCUCCCACGGGCUGCUGCUCAGGAAGGCACCAGUGCUGCAGUACCUGUACUACCUGGCUCAGAUUGGCAUUGCCAUGUCCCCCCUGAGCAACAACAGCCUGUUCCUCAGCUACCACCGCAACCCCCUGCCUGAGUAUCUGUCCAGAGGCCUCAUGGUCUCUCUGUCCACUGACGACCCCCUACAGUUCCACUUCACCAAGGAGCCUCUGAUGGAGGAGUACAGCAUCGCCACACAGGUGUGGAAGCUCAGCUCCUGUGACAUGUGUGAGCUGGCCAGGAACAGCGUCCUUAUGAGCGGCUUCUCCCACAAGGCAAAGAGCUACUGGCUUGGGCCCAAAUACAGCAAAGAGGGCCCGGAGAGCAACGACAUCCGUCGCACCAACGUCCCGGACAUCCGCGUGGCAUACCGCAGUGAGACCCUGCUGGAGGAGCUCAACCUCAUCACCCACGCUGUGCGCACCAAGGAGCUGGACAACAUCGACGAGGAGGACACCCUCUCCAUGGCUCCCAUCGGGGCAGAAGGACGCUAAAUCAACAACUCCUCUCUAUUGCUCCCUGGAUAGGUUUUAUUUCAUAUUGGAGAAGAUUUUCUGAUCUUCGAUCUGUUCCUGGGUCACUUCCUCUGUCACUUUUAUCUCCUGACCCUCCAUACAUUCACACCCCAAGUGAUUUCCUUUGUCAUGUGACCCUGCAUGGGAAGGAAGAUCCCACAUUUUGCCUGUGAUUUAAUGACAUGUUUGUACCCAUCACUGAUAUAUCUCACACACACACACACACACACACACACACACACACACACACACACACACACACACACACACACACACACACACACACACACACACACACUUAUUGCAGUUUUCCUGUCCUAAAAGCUGCUUAUCUUCCAUCACACAGUGAUGCUGCUUUAACCUUAACAUCUAGUGUAAUAUUAACAUCUAGUGUAAUAUUAACAUCUAGUGUAAUAUUAUCAUCUAGACAUCUAGUGUAAUAUUAUCAUCUAGUGUAAUAUUAACAUCUAGUGUAAUAUUAACAUCUACUGUAAUAUUAUCAUCUAGACAUCUAGUGUAAUAUUAUCAUCUAGUGUAAUAUUAACAUCUAGUGUAAUAUUAUCAUCUCGUGUAGUAUUAACAUCUAGCGUAAUAUUUUCAUAAUGGUUAUAACUUUUGAAGUAGGAAAACAGAUACAACUUAGCAGCAAUAUUAUGAGUGUAUUAUCCAUGGGUCAUCUUACCUCACUACACAAUGCAUAGGUUCCACACUACAUUGUUCCAACAACACCUGUUCCGCACUGAGAGGAACAGUCGCAUGUAACUUAGAGAUGCAUGGAAACCAUGGUAACACUUUUCUAAAGUACGGACGUACUGAGUUUAAAAAACAGACAAAGGACCAAAUCUGCGUGGUCUAGAAGCAGAAGUUGUGCACAAUUCCAGUUUGUGUGUGCUGCUGGGUAUCUGCUGGCUUUCAUCUGUUUCUGGCUUCAGGAAGUUUCUAGUGCUUUAAUAGCUAAAGGAGUCCUCUCAGCUAGUCUCCGUGAUCUAAAUCAGCUCUAACUAAAAAGCAAGCAGGACAUCCAGCAGAGACACUGCAGCAGCCCUCAGGACAUGGAGCUGUGCUGUGACUGUGGUCUACUGCAAACAUUCCAUUCAAUUAACUUUAAGAUAUAUGUUAUUUUCACAUUAGUUAUAGAAUAUGCAGCCAAAAAGAGUAGAUGUAUACUAUUCCAGUACAGAUGCAUGAUGUGUACAGGGUGUAUAUAUAUAUAUAUACACACACACACACACACACAGUGGGGCAAAAAAGUAUUUAGUCAGCCACCAAUUGUGCAAGUUCCCCCACUUAAAAAGAUGAGAGAGGCCU